AGGAACGCGGCAAACAAUUUGCACUCCCAUCCCACGCGCUAAUCUCUUUCUCUUUGAGCCGUUUUCCGCAAAAGAGAAAAGAGAAAAGAGAGAAGGAUUAAUCUUGGAGCUGACGGUGCCGCAAUUUGUGAGCAUAUUCGUGUUGCUAAGCAGGGAAGGUUUUGUGGACAUGAUUCAAAAUGUCCGCGUGGUUUGACUCCCCCCGCCAUUGACCCAGUUUUAUCUGCUUUUUAGAGCUUUUGAGUUCACACUGUGCCAUUUUCCUUUUACCCAUCAUCCAUGCUUAUGCUUGGACCUCCUCUUCCUCUUCCUCUUCCUCUGCUUUGGUUUCCUCUUCCCUGUGCCUCUGUCUGUGUCUGCUAUUGGGAUUGUAUGUUUCUGAAUGUUGAUACAUCCCGAGGUCGAGUCUUCCCGAGGCCCAGACAGCCUCCCACCCUUCUAGUGCCUUCCGUCUCUUGGUAUUCGCAUUCUAGAAUGAAUUAGCACUGGAUUUCGAUUUCUCUCCGGGGAUUGGGAUUGGGAUUCUCAACCUUCUUUGUUGGUUUUCUCUACAGCCACCAAGCAUUUGGAUUGCUUUUGUUUGUCAUUAUUUUGAUGCUCUGCCGUGUGGGGGUGAAAUUGGGGAACUUGUGGUUUUUCUGCCAUGGUUGGAGCAGGGAGUGCAAAAGAGACAACUUUAUGCCGUGUAUAGCACGUAAAGUAUAUCUACUAGCCGACAAGAAUGGCGGCCUGAAAUUCUGCGCAUAAUCUGCUUCCAACUCUCACUGAUUGCUUUGAUCUGAUUGAUUUUGCCUUCACCCCUACAAACCCUAGAUAGAAGCAGAAGCUUUCAUGGGCGGCCAGAUCAGUGGAACUGGUGGAGAGAUAAUUGCAGACAAGCUCCUGCUCAAAAUUUAGCCGGCCCAUUACUAUCCAAUCUCCAGUCUCCGGGAGCCCGAUUGAUCCGUUAGCGCUGCUAAAUGGCUGGAGGGCAGAUUUUGGGUCGUCUCAGUACAAGAGCAGCAUAUCAGUAAUUGUGUAGGGAGAGGAGAACUAGUAUUUACUUCUUCUUGUGCAUUAAGAGCGACAAACGUGGAAAGGAAGUGGCCCCUCCAUCUCGCAAAGUCUAUAGAAUCGAGCUUCAGGUUUGGGUCAGUACUACUGAAUAAGCGGCAGGUUAGAGCAGUGGCCCAAUGAAUGACAACAGACCUGAAGAAAGCAAUAUGAACACUAUGUGGAAAUAUCCAGGAGAGUUGUCGUCAGGUCCCAUGGUGAUGCCGAAGCAAGAGAAGAGUCGAAGUCCCACAAUUAGCUGCACCAGUGAGAACGCGGGCGCCUCAGCUUCAUCCUCAAAUCCAGCGAUGAGUAGUGUGGUUAUGGAGCCUUAUCCACCCCAAUUGGGUUGGAACAAUAUGGACACCGAUUACAGCAAAGUUAUCAUGGACAUGGACGACGUUCAAGGGUUCGAGUCUCCUUACAUGAGCUUCACCCACUGGCUUCAAGCAGGAAUGCACAUGGGCGAUGCAGACUAUUCCGCUGCUUUAUCCAGAUCUGCGGUCAAUCCAUACAGGCAAGCUGACUUCAAUCACGAUCUGCAACCUGAUCAAGCUAAUAACAACGAUUCCAAUUGCUCCAAUUCGCUGUCUGGCCUGCAAAGCUCCACAAUUAGUGAUUUCAGUCGAGAAGCCCAAGCGGGAGGCCGAUCUGGAGAGACGUCCACGGUUCCAAGCACACCGAAUUCUUCGAUAUCUACUUCCUCAAGCGAGGGACAUGAGGAGCAGCAACAACCCACAAAAGCACCCACGCCCGCUGAAUCUCAGCAGACGGACUUGACCGCAGCCGACAAGCAGCCUUCUUCAAUCGACUCCUCUAAAAAGCAAAACAGGCCGAGGAAGAAGGGUCAGAAGCGAAGCCGCGAGCCCAGAUUUGCAUUCAUGACCAAAAGCGAUGUGGAUAAUUUGGAGGACGGCUACAGAUGGCGCAAGUAUGGCCAAAAAGCCGUCAAAAAUAGCCCUCAUCCCAGGAGUUACUACCGGUGCACAAACAACAAGUGCUCAGUGAAGAAGAGAGUGGAACGCUCUUCAGAAGAUCCAGGCAUCGUCAUCACCACCUAUGAAGGACAACAUUCUCAUCAUAGCCCAGCCAUGUUGCGUGGGGCAUCGAAUGUAGAAUCCCAUCCACAUUCACAUUCACAUUCCCACUCACAAUUUUUAUUAGAUGAGCAGAGAUUGACCUGUCCCUUCCCCCAAACGCCAUUCAGAUUCCCAACCCCAAUCAUGAUCCCUCAACAACAGGUCCCAGCUGUUCCCCCCACUAACUUCAUCUCCCCACAUCCUCACCAUUUUUCAAUCAACCCACCUCCACGUCCUCACUCUCACGCUUACCCUCCCCAAAUAGACCAUGGUUUACUAGAGGAUAUCCUUGCACCCCCAGGAAUGCGCAAAAACUGAACUGAUCAUCCAUCCCUCUUACGAGCUGCAGCCAGUUCAUUUUUCAUUCAUGUCAAUCCUCCAUUCUUUCAUGCCAUUAAUCUUCUCAUGCACUUAUGAUCCUUUUUAUUGUAGAUAUGGUGACAGACCCACUUGGGUGGAGUAAUCAAAUCAAAAGAUGGAUGGAUAUGGAUUAAAGGCUUUAAUGCAUUGUAUGCCAAAAGUUUUAUCAAGCGUUGAGUCCAUGUAUAGAACGAGUCCAAUCAUGUGUCUGGCUAAGCCUUGUAUGUCUCUGGUCAUUACCCAUUUUUUUUAAAAAAGGUUACAUUCAAUAAUCCUGAUAGAUAAAGGACUCGAACGCCUUCAAAGCAUGAGUACAAUAUAAUGGAAAUACAGCUUUCUGUUCAA